AUGAAACGUUUCCUGGGAUCUCUGAGCAGGCGCUCGAGUGAGUGUCUCACUGUCUCCACGUCUUCCCGCAGAUCCGCUGACUUGUACCUGACUAUAGGCUCUAGUGACAGUGUCGAACACCGUGAAGACUCACCAGAAGGCAUUGUCUUGAAAGAAUUGGCUGCCUUCUGCGAAUCAAAUACAAAUGGGAAUGCGAAUGCAUCUUCGCGCGACGCGCAAGGAAAUGAAUUCGUCCAUCUCCCCAAAAUCGUCGAAACCGCCGAGUCGAGCCCAAAUGCUGCCAAGGAGGCGGCCCUGCGCAUUCGCAAGUAUCUGACCAAUCCCGCCAGCACCCCGAACCAGACCCAGUACAAUGCGAUCAUGCUUAUGCGUAUCCUGGUCGACAACCCAGGUCAUACAUUCACCCGAAACUUCGAUGCCAAAUUCGUGACGACCAUCAAAGAGCUGCUGCGCACAGGACGCGACUGGCACGUGCAGAGCUAUCUCCGCCAGUACCUGGAUACCCUCGAGCAACAGCGCUCAUGGGACGAAGAUCUCAAACUACUGCUUCAGAUGUGGGCGAAGGAGAAGACGAAAGCCUUGCGCGGUUUGAUCGACCCUUUCCCAAUGACUUCCGUCGUCCCACCCCAAAUCCCGUCCAGGCCUCAGCACCAACAGUCACACCAUCAGUCCCGCGCGCCGACAAAUGCUUUCCCUGAUGCGGUAGAACUAACGGCCCGCAUCGAGGAGGCGCGCAAUUCAGCAAAGCUGCUAAUGCAGUUUGUCCAGUCCACGCCGCCGGCAGAGCUGGAAGAUAACGAUCUCAUCAAGGAGUUUGUUGACCGCUGCAGGACUGGCUCGCGUACUAUUCAGGGAUAUAUUCACGCGACCAACCCGCCUCCGGACGAGAACACCCUGUUGACGCUCAUUGAGACCAACGAUGAGAUCUCUGUGGCGCUGUCGCAGCAGCAGCGCGCCAUGCUGAAGGCGCGUAAGAUUAGAGGGUCUUCCUCGCCAAGCUCGUCCAAUUUGAAUAGCUCCUCGCCGACAUCGCAGGCGGCUGUCGCUUCAGGCGCUAUGAAUUUCUCUCCUCCUGCAGCCCCACCUCGGACUUCAACACAGAGCCCCGAGUCCCCUGCAUCUGCCUUGACAGAGCUGCCUUCGACAACUAUGACUGGUAGCCGCACACCUGCUUCCAAUCCCGCAUCGGGAUCGGCGACUACCGGCCGGUAUGAAUACAACUCGGAGGAUUUCCAGGUGCGAAAUCCCUUCGCCGAUGACUAUGCUACAAAUGGAUCGGAACAUGAGAGGAAUCGACCGGUGCAUGGUAAUUCGGAGCCCCCAGCCCACUGA